AUGGCGACAGGACAACAGUGGGUUUUAGUCGAGAUGGUACAGGCUUUUUAUGAGGCCCCAGCUUACCAUCUAAUUCUGGAAGGUAUUCUCAUCUUGUGGAUAGUAAGACUACUUUUCUCCAAAACCUACAAACUUCAGGAACGUUCUGAUCUGACAGAAAAGGAGAAAGAAGAGCUUAUUGAGGAAUGGCAACCAGAGCCCCUUGUUCCACCAAUCUCAAAAGACCACCCUGCCCUUAACAAUAAUAUUGUCUCGGGCCCUCCAACUCAUAACAUAGUGGUUAAUGGUAGAAAGUGCAUAAAUUUUGCGUCCUUCAAUUUUCUUGGAUUGCUAGACAAUGAAAGAGUUAAGAAUGUAGCUUUGGCUUCACUGAAAAAAUAUGGUGUAGGCACAUGUGGACCUAGAGGAUUUUAUGGGACAUUUGAUGUUCAUUUGGAGCUAGAGGAUAGAAUUGCAAAGUUUAUGAGAACCGAAGAGGCUAUUAUUUACUCCUAUGGAUUUGCCACGAUAGCCAGUGCCAUUCCAGCAUACUCGAAGAGAGGAGAUCUGGUGUUUGUGGAUGAAGCCGCAUGCUUUGCUAUUCAAAAAGGUUUACAAGCUUCACGCAGCAACAUAAAGUAUUUUAAGCACAAUGAUGUGGAAGACCUGGAACGUUUGCUUAAAGAACAGGAACUUGAGGACCAGAAAAAUCCUCGCAAAGCACGUGUGACCCGACGAUUCCUUGUAGUGGAAGGAUUGUACAUGAAUACUGGAUACAUUUGUCCACUCCCAGAGCUGGUAAAGCUAAAAUAUAAAUACAAAGUGCGGAUAUUUUUGGAAGAAAGCCUCUCCUUUGGGGUUUUAGGAGAGCAUGGACGAGGUGUAACUGAACAUUUUGGAGUGAACAUUAAUGACAUUGACCUUAUAAGUGCAAAUAUGGAGAACGCCUUGGCCUCUAUUGGAGGAUUUUGCUGUGGAAGAUCCUUUGUAAUUGAUCAUCAGCGUCUUUCAGGACAAGGUUAUUGUUUUUCUGCAUCUUUACCACCAAUGCUUGCUUCUGCUGCCAUAGAAGCUCUCAACAUUAUGGAGGACAACCCAGAUAUUUUCAGGGUAUUAAGGCAAAAGUGUCAGCGAAUUCAUUGUGCAUUGCAGGGUAUCUCGGGUCUCAAAAUUGUGGGUGAUUCAUUUUGUCCAGCCAUUCACCUGGUGUUGGCAAGGAGCAGAGGAUUGCGAGAGAAUGAUGUUAAGCUGCUUCAGGAAAUUGUUGAUUAUUGUAUGAAACGAGGAAUUGCAUUAACUCAAGCGCAUUACUUGGAUAAGGAAGAAAAGGUUUUGCCUCUUCCAAGUGUGCGGGUAGUGACUACUAUCAAAUUAACAGAGGAAGAGUUAGACAAGGCCGCAGCGUUGAUCAAGAAAGCAGCUGAAUGCAUACUUCACUAGGAUCGCCUGAUAUUUGUGAACCAGACGUUGCACAGGGAUGUCAUGCUAUAUUUGCCGAAUGUGCAGAAAUAGAUCGCUAACUACUGAAAACGAGGAUGACCAAUUACAUUAAAUGAACUUGUCCAAUAAUAUUUGGUUAAAAUUAUGGAAACUGUACGAAUGAAGUUGAAUGCAUUUGUCUUGCAAAUAUGUACAAAAAAAGUGAUUCAAAAUGUGGUCUCCUAAGGUCAAGAAAUCUUUCAAUCUUACGGUUUCUUAUCCAGGAUUUUCUCUAGAUUUUAUAAUAAAUGUAUUUUUGCAACAUUCAUAAGUGUGCCUGAAGUAAUGAGCUGUAAAGAAAUUCUAAAGGAUUUUGUUGAUAAAUUUCAUUUAAAUAAGAAUGUAGUGUAAAAGUUUAACUUUGUACAGGAAGUUAAAUUGCCUACUUCAAUGACUGCUAAUUAUACUAAUCUAUUUUUCAUACCCCUCAAAUGGGAAUUUCACUUUUGAUUGCAACACAUUUAGUGGAUGUGUUGAUAUUGGUGUGCAUGUGUUUUCUGUGUUACUAAUUCUGUUUUCAAGUGGCUGAAGAAGGUUUGCUAAUCAAUCUUUCUUUUAGGUUAAAAAAACACUUAACUGUAAUAAAUUAAUUUUAAAUGUGAUAGCAUGCGUCAUCUUAUUUGGAAUUAGAAGUCGUUUUGGGAAGAGUUGGACGAUUGUUAAUGACUGGCAAAAUCAUCUAAUGCUACUUGUUCAGACUUAUUCGGUUUUCAUUUAGCUCCAAAUGUUUUAUAAAUUUGUGCUACAAUUCCUCAAUUUAUUGUAAAUAUGAUGAGAUCAAGAUGAGUCUGUGCAUAAUCCUAUUCAACUUUUCAACAGGUGAAAUCCUUUAUGUAAUAGUAUUUCUGAGCAAGUUAGUUUUGCUGCCUUACUGUUAAAAUGUGUAAUUCUUUAUUUGAUGACUUAUCUUACAGGAAUUUGAACAAUAAAUGCAGAUUUGUAUGUGAUAUGACUUAAUGCUAUCAUCAAAAUUGUUUUGUAUUAACAAACAUAGGAAAUACAGCAAAGUGAUAUUUUUGCCCUCCAAUUUAUAAAUUGAUUUUAGUUUUCCAAAUAAAUUGCUUUCAUGUCCAUUUUAAUACUUGGUUACAGGAUUUGAAGCACUAAAAGAAUUGUAAGGUUUUUUUAGAUGUUUAUUAAUGCAAAACAUUUAAUAUAAAGCUAUUUUAAAAAUUACUCAAGGAAGGGAAAAUGGUACUUUAAAAGUAUUCUGCACUUUUGGUGAUUAGGGGGGUUAUUUUUGUAAUCUGUGCUGUUUAUUGUUAAACUUAGUGUAUUACUUUAUCCAGGACUUAAAAACGUCAAGUCUUUCUUGCUUGGAUUUUUUUCCCUGAAAAGCAGGGGCUUGUCAGUUUACAAAUGCAUUUGUUAUAUAUCUCUAGUUUAUAACUGCAAUAUUCACAUCAUGCAAAAAUUGCACCACGUUUAGCCAGAUAUGUAAUAGUAUGUGAGAUUGUGAAUACUGUUUUCAUUGGAGUUAAACUGCAGUCAUCAUUCUCAUCUCAGUUGACUUUGCCAGCUGCAUAAUAAAACUAAAAAUCGCAAGUACGGAUGUUUUACCUGUUAUCAAAAUGU